CAGUCGUAUUGUCAUCGGCUGCAACACGACAUGUGUUUUCUUACAAGCAACAGCCGACUGAAUGAGCAAGUGGUUGAUAAAAUUAUUCUUCAGCUUAACAGAGUCUACCCCCAAAUGCUUACCAAUGCAGAAGCAGAAAAGUUCAGGAAUCCAAAGGCAUCACUCCAUACCAGACUUUCAGAUCUGAUAAAGCACCUUCAAAAGAAAGGAGACAGACACUGUCAAGAGUUUUACAGGGCUCUACAGAUCAAUGCUGAACAGCUGUAUAAUGACCUGCCAAGCAGAAAAAUCUUGAAAACCACAGAUUCCACAGAGAUAGACACUGACAAGGAGAAAUAUAUGCUAAAUGACAGGGGUCCAGUGUUUUUCCUCGCGUGUUUUAGUGUUGCUGCAGGAUUUGCGUUAUUUUGGUAUUGCUGUCACUCAGAUACGAAAGUCAUAGGAAGAGCCAGGAGAAUCUUGGGCUUUUCUCCUAUUAUCAUAGGAAGACACAUUAGAAAUAUUUGUAUGGUGUAUUUGGAAGACAUAUCAAGAAAUUAAGGAAAAGCUGCCUCUUCGCUUGUUUGUACAGUAUACCUGCCAAGGGAAGACAAUGGUGCAUGAAUAUUAAUGUACUAUACUCUCAUACCAAAGAUUUUAUUAACUAGCUUCAUCAAUAAUUGUGUUGCCUCAAGAUGUAUUCAGAAUUUCAGCUAUAUAUGUCCUUCCUUAUGGGAAUGGACCUUUUAUUUUUGUAAAUGCUUAUUUUAAAAUAUUUAUCAUUUGGAUAAAAAAUAUUUUUAAUACAAACUUUAAAAUUAUAUCCUAAAUGUUCAUGGGUCUUAAGCCAUGUUUGCAUAUGUGUUUUAUACUGGAAUGAAGGAUCACAACUGUUUAAAGGACGCUAGCCUGUCUCUUGUGAUAAUUUAAGAAAAGCACUU